CGCAGCCGGGAGCCCGACCGCCCCCGCCGCCGAGGUUCCUGCCUGAAAACCAGCUUGGGAUCCCCCCGCUGCCUGCAGCCACCUCCUACCCAGCCCCCCAUCACCAUGCACUCCUUGGACGAGCCGCUCGACCUGAAGCUGAGCAUCACCAAGCUCCGGGCGGCGAGAGAAAAGCGUGAGAGGGCGCUGAGUGCAGUCCGGCACCGAGCUCUGCACAGGGAGCUCGGCCUGGUGGACGACAGCCCCACCCCAGGCUCUCCAGGCUCCCCGCCCUCAGGCUUCCUGCUGAACCCCAAGUUCCCCGAGAAGGUAGAGGGACGCUUUUCGGCUGCCCCUCUGGUGGACCUCAGCUUGUCACCGCCAUCUGGGCUGGAUUCCCCCAAUGGCAGCAGCUCGCUGUCCCCUGAGCGCCAGGGCAAUGGGGACCUGCCUGCAGUGCCCACCGCCCCGGACUUCCAGCCGCUGCGCUAUCUGGAUGGCGUCCCCAGUUCGUUCCAGUUCUUCCUGCCUCUGGGCUCCGGGGGGGCCCUGCACCUGCCUGCUUCCUCCUUCCUCACCGCCCCCAAGGACAAGUGCCUCUCACCAGAGCUACCCCUGCCCAAGCAGCUGGUGUGUCGUUGGGCCAAGUGUAACCAGCUCUUCGAGCUCCUGCAGGACCUGGUGGAUCACGUCAACGACUACCACGUCAAGCCUGAGAAGGACGCAGGGUACUGCUGUCACUGGGAGGGCUGUGCCCGCCACGGCCGCGGCUUCAACGCCAGCAGGUACAAGAUGCUCAUCCACAUCCGCACGCACACCAACGAGAAGCCACACCGCUGCCCCACCUGCAGCAAGAGCUUCUCGCGCCUGGAGAACCUGAAGAUCCACAACCGGUCGCACACGGGGUCUUCCUGGAAGUGUGGAAGCAAAUGUGUGGUCCUGCCGGUGGAGGUGGUCGCUGUCACCCACAAUUUGAAGCACGGGACCGAGGCCGAGGGCACGCCACCAGGCCACAGGCAGGGCUGGGGUGUGACCGGGGACCAGGCCGGCUGCUCAGCGCCUGGGCCCUGCUGCCCCCAGCUGGGAAGAGAUCUCGUGCCAGGUGAGAAGCCCUACGUGUGUCCCUACGAGGGCUGCAACAAGCGCUACUCCAACUCGAGCGACCGCUUCAAGCAUACGCGCACCCACUACGUGGACAAGCCCUACUACUGCAAGAUGCCCGGCUGCCACAAGCGCUACACGGACCCCAGCUCGCUGCGCAAGCACAUCAAGGCCCACGGCCACUUCGUGUCUCACGAGCAGCAAGAGCUCCUGCAACUGCGCCCGCCCCCCAAGCCACCGCUGCCCACCCCCGAUGGCGGCCCCUAUGUCAGCGGAGCCCAGAUCAUCAUCCCCAACCCUGCUGCCCUUUUUGGAGGCCCCGGCCUGCCUGGCCUGCCCCUGCCCCUGGCCCCCGGCCCCCUUGACCUCAGCGCCCUGGCGUGUGGCAAUAGCGGGGGCGGUGGGGGUGCAGGGGGCAUGGGCCCCGGGCUGCCGGGCCCCGUCUUGCCCCUCAAUCUGGCCAAGAACCCGCUGCUGCCCUCACCCUUUGGGGCUGGUGGACUGGGCCUGCCUGUGGUCUCCCUCCUCGCUGGCUCCGCUGGCGGCAAGGCCGAGGGGGAGAAGGGGCGCGUGGCAGUGCCAGCCAGGUCUCUGGGCGUGGAGGGCCGCAAGACACCCCUCGAGAGGACUGAGAACAGCCGCUCCCGGCCGAGCCCUGACGGACUCCCCCUGCUGCCGGGCACCGUGCUGGACCUGUCCACGGGCGUCAGCUCGGCGGCCAGCAGCCCAGAGGCACUCGCUCCGGGCUGGGUGGUCAUCCCUCCAGGCUCCGUGCUGCUCAAGCCGGCUGUGGUGAACUGAACCCGCCUGGUGGACAGCUACCUGCGGCCCAGCUAGGAGCUCCCGGCCCCCUGCCCCCG